AUGUUAUAUAAUGGCAUUUUUGAAUGGGUUCAUCAACUGAUACCUCCAUUGCCACCAAACAUUUAUACUCAAUCACCAGCUCCAUCUCUUUCUCAAGUAGUAGUAACUCCUUGUGCUGCUUGUAAAAUCCUUCGUCAACGAUGUGGUGAAAAAUGUAUACUAGCUCCUUAUUUUCCACCAACUGGACCCCUAAAGUUUACUACCGCUCAUAGGGUUUUUGGUGCUAGCAAUAUCACCAAAAUGCUACAGGAGCUUCCCGAGUCCCAAAGAGUUGAUGCAGUCAGUAAUAUGGUUUACGAAGCAAAUUCGAGAAUAAGAGAUCCAGUUUACGGUUGUGCCGGAACUAUUUAUCAACUACAAAAACAAGUUACUGAUCUUCAAGCUCAAUUAGCAAAAUCUCAUGCAGAGAUUAUUAGCAUGCAGUGUCAACAAGCUCACUUUGUGGGCCCACUUUGCAUGGAAAUGAAACAACAUUCUCAAUAUCAGCAGCAACAACAACAGCCCACAACUACUCCCAUGUCGCUUACUUCAUCUUUGUCGUCUUUGCAAUUGCAACAAGAUGUUGAUGAUUUUAUGAUGAGUAAUACCGUUACUACUCAAAUUCAGCAGCAGUAA